GUCAAAAGUGGUUUUCUUAAUGGGCAUUUAACGCUUUAAACAUAUGGGUCAUUUCGUAUCAUAGGCUUUCAGUCAAAAUGAUUUUGCAUUGCUUUAGAAGUGAUAAAAUGCUUAAGUAAACUUUAUAAUUUGCUUUUAUGGAUUUCGAAUGUUUCUCAAGUGAUUUUGAUAAGAGGCCAUUUAUUUUAUAUUGUUUCAUAUAUUGACAUUUCCAAUUCUGUAGAGAUGAUAUUUCUUUCUGUGUAAAAGGCAGUUUUGUAAAUAUGUACUUUGCAAUACGAUGUAUUCACAUCUGUUGUGUAAAUACAUCAAUGAAGCCGGCACCAUCAAAGGGUGAUAGUUGUACAUUGUGUGAAAACUCGAUAUAGGAAAUGGACUUGUUAAUAUUUCGGAUAAUUCGGUGACGUCGGAAAACUAUUAAACUAAUUGAUGUUAUCUGAUUAAGGGUAAAACAAUAACUUAUACAAAAUCGUGUUCUUUAGAUGAAAAAUAUUAUAUUGACAAACAUGAGAUCUCAAAUGGCAUCUUCUGUUGGGACGCGUCAUGAAUUCGACGCCAGCAAACGCACGUGGGAUUUUACCAGUUUGCAGGAGGUGCACGUGCGCGCGAACGCCCUGCUACGACAAGCCAUGCUGAACGAAAGAUACAAACGAUGGAAAAAGGUGAUUGAGUUAUACAAGGAACUUCUGUGGCUGAUAAGCCUGGAGCAUUUCCCAGAUGAUUACGAACCUCCAUCAAGCUACUCAAUGCUGUUGUACGAGCUUCAUUUCCAUCUUGGAGUAGCAUUUCAACAUGUUGGUAAACACAGCAAAGCAGUGAAGGAGUUCGGGAAGACGAUUGAGGUUGUCUCCAUAGCAAAGAAUGGAUGUCUUGCGGGAUGUUUAACUAAUUCGUGUUUGAUGACACCGAUAUACGCGCGUAGGUCGUUUGCCUACGCAAAACUAGGUUCAUACAAGAAUUCCUUGAAGGAUGCAGAAACGGCAGUGGUGCUUGAUAGUCAGUCAGCGGACGUGUUUUGUAUACGAGCGCUUGUCCGUAGUACAUUUGACGACGAACUUCUAGGACUCAAAGAUCUUGAAACUGCAUUAAAACUUGACAAGAACCACGUGUGCGCCGUGAUGUUGUCAACCUCGUUUACGAAACCACUGUGCGCAGACAGUGCCAAAAUGGCAGCUUAUGAAAAGCUUAAAGCAAAGGCUGUGCGACUAUGCGAGGAUGCGGAGACGUACCUCACAUGUAACAGCUUCUCCCACAGCUGUAUACUAGAAUUCUAUGAUAAAUUUCUGUUUCCUCUGAGUGUCCCGCAUACAAUCACUCGUAUAGACCUUCGACCGGAGAAGCCUAGCAAGAAGCAACUAGAAAGCAAGGUUUACUCUAAGAAGCAAGGAGACACAGAGCCCACUUCCAUUGAGAGUACCAAAGUAUUCCGAUGCGGCACUACAGCAAAUAUGGUGAACAAUCUCAUGCCCCUACAAAGAAGAAAAGAUUACGGAAAUGCCAUUAGGAAACACAUGGCCAGACCAAAAACAGCUGCUGAAUUCUUUGCCCAGCUUGAAAAGGAGCAGAAAAGGGAUGCUCAGCAGAAAAGAGCUCAGUCGGCAAUAGUGCGACCCGGCGAGAGGUUUGCCAGAUCUGCUACAUCUACAGAGACAGAAAAUAGCCGAGUGGAAACCCGCCCUACGACAUCCAAUCAAAAUGAGCAAAGAUUUUCCACUCCCAGCCAAUCAGUGAAGAGGAGACCAUUUACUGCGCCGGCCGGUGUGCGUAUGACGUCAGAUUCCCCUGUAAGGUCGGGAUCUCCUGAAAAACCAAACACAUCGCCAGAGUUUCGCAAGAGACCACAUACAACCGAUGCCCAACACAAGACAUCUUCCAAGAAGAAUAUAGUCAUAGAAACACCUUCUAACUAUUCCAUAUCAGUGUUUCAAUCGACCAAUAUAAAGUUUGCCCCUCGAAUGUACUAUAGGCCAUGGAGCGGCGACAAACUUCCUGUAUCAGAAAGACCACCCAUAACGUUUGCUCCUAAAUUCUACUAGAAACACUUACUGAAUACACUUAAAGACGUGCUACUGGGAUGACCAUGCCUAACGAUUCCUGCCAAUGAACAUACUAGAGAGAUUUUAUUAUAUUGUGCAUACAUAUUUCGGCUUCUGUGUGACUGCGCUUUAAGACGUAUCAGUCCUCAAAACUUCAUUCAAAGGAUGUAUUUCAAUGUUCAAUUUUCUCACCAAGUUUGCUUCUGCUUCAGAGUUAUACACGCUGUCAACAAACAUUUAUUCGGUCAUGUUAUCAAAUUAUCACUUUCAAAUAAGGAAUCAUCUGCCUCAUUUAUGUUAAACAUUUGCUAAACGCUUAAAAUUAAAAACAAAUACAAAUGGCUAAACUGUCAAGCGCUUCUUCGCUUCAGUGCCUGGGCCUCGUUUCAAUCAAGAUCGUAAUUAUGACGAUGGUUACUUUUUAGUAGGCGUAGCUCCGUUUUUGGCGUCCGUUUUUGGCGUAGGCUGUGUUUCAAUAAAAAAAAUCAUAAGGACUUAAUAUAUCGCAUAGUUUCUGCCCGUUACGUCAUGGCUGAACCAAAGCACUCUUGAGCAGCGCCAGGUUUACGACUAAUAUCGUAUUGAGACGGGACCCAGAAUUUUAUUUUCUAAAGCUGCACUAAAAUAAGGCUUAAGCUGUUAAACAAGCUACAUGUUUUAUCAGUAUGGUCAUUUAUUACCAUAAUGCAUGCAUUUAAGUUUUUCGACCCACAAAUAAACUAGACAAUUAAUUAUGUCAUUGGCCAUAAUGUUAAACAUUGAUGUCUGGUGAUCUCAUUCUAAGUUCGAUGGCAUCUUGACUAAAUGGCCGUCACUACGUUAAAGAUAGCAUUAUAGCAUUUUUAUUCUUUGUUUCAACUUAAUUGGACGUUAAUUGACCUAUUUUUAGAAAAAGGUCAAUAAUAUGAGUACGUUCUAUUAUAUUCGGCAUGUUUUACUUAUUCCUUUCGUACACGAAACAAAUGCACAUUAUUGCGUACACAAAGUUCACAUAUUUCUCAUGCCAUAUACCUUAAACUAGUAAUAAAUAAGAUAUAAGACCCACAUGUCCGGCUUGGCGACCAGCAUUCCCUUUGUGUAUGGUAUUGGCAAACGUGUGACUCACGCGAUAUGUUUGGGCCUCAUGAUUAUUGUUUAAUUAAAAGGAUAGAUACGUUAAACAAAACAAAGUUUCACAAAGAAAUCAUAAUAACUUUCAGUGAUCCAGUAAAAAAAAUAGCCCAGCGAUCAUUCAAUGCCAUGUAGAAAAAAUGUGUUUUAAAGCACUUUUAUUUCCAAUUUGCACUGAAUACGUGUGUUAAAUUUAUGAACGAAUGACUAUGUUUUCAUUUGUACAUUUGGACAGUAUAAUUGUUUUAUUGCACGCUUUUGCUCUUUAUGACUGUUUCUGACCUAUAACUGAUAACAUUGUUAAUUAUAAAGUACAUUUUAUUUUAUUCAAUUUAUUUAUGAUUUCUAUGCUUUAUAAUUUUGAUGUUACCUUCAUAUCACGUGCAGUUGUAUGAAAAAACAUGCGCACAGGUUGUGAACAUAAUUCUUAUUGUAAAGGAAACGAUCAAUUUAAGUCUUGCAUUUGUUUCCUGAAUAAUUUUGUUAAGAGUUUAAUAAGGUGGUUAUGAUUAAGUAUGUCAUCACAUAAUUAUAUAAUCUAGACUAACGUAAGUGCUCUUUUAAACGUGUCACGUUUUUUUUUGUUUUAUUUAUGUAAUUCGUUUGAAUGUCUUCGGAUUGAAGUAUUGACAAUAAAUGGAUGAAAAUGUGA